CCGUUGUAUUUGAUUGUUAACCAGUCAUAAGUAUCCCGCAAACGCAUCAAUUUCUAACCACAGAACCAGUCGUACAAAUCUCUUAAAACCGCUAGAAACCGCAACCUCCCGCAUCCGCAAACGCUCGCAGCCGCAAACGCAGCCGCUGCGUUUGAACCAGUCAGACCCUUACUCACAUUUUCUACGUAAUAAACGCACUCUUCAUCAUUCACUUUUCCAGAGUAACAGAGAAAAGCUUAUACUAUAAAUAUCUCCACUUCUAUCGAUGAGCAGCACUGAUUCGACGAGAUCCAGAAGAAUAGUCUUUUCACUUACUGAUCACUGCGAUGGCGAAUUCCUUUACCCUCCUUGCAGAUUUGAAAGCUGGACAUGCUCCUCAUCGGCGAGAAUUUAACGCUUAUGCAAGGAUCUGUUAGUUCGAAGUAUCACUUCAGGUUCAGAAACCGUCUCACUGAAGGAUCUGUCUACAGUUUAAGCGGGUUCGAUGUUACGCGCAGAAACCCCAAUUUCAGGUUGUCUGAUGCUCCCUCUCCAUACGGUUCAAUGAUGAAACCUACCGGAGUCCGCUAGGCCCAUACCUACUGAGCUGUUCUGAUUACGACCAUACAAUCAGUUACUUGAACUGGCAAACACCAGCAAACAGCUCCUUGACAUGAUUGGUGAGCUAAAUGCAAUCCGGAGUACAAUCACCGAUCGUAUACCGGGGGCACAGUGUGUAAUUCUUACACUGCGUCUACAAAGUGGUGAUAACGUCUGUGUUAGUAUGUUUGACUCUAUGGCUCUUGCGUUUCAUAGCAAACUUGAGAGCUGCGGGAAAGAAUCCAAAAUUGUGCUUGCCACAAGCGUAAAUCCUAAGAUAGUUGGGGAUAAAUUUACAAAAUCAUUACAGCACCACCAUGGCAAAAAAGGUGAAGAACAUAGUGGAACUACAGAAAAGACCAAAAGAGAAUCUUUAUCUAAGCCAAAGAGACAUAAGGGAGCUGAAAUGUUUCCUUUUCUUCUUGGCCGUGAUUACAGUCUGGAUGUCUUUGUCGAUAAGCCGGAAUACCUCAGCUGUGGAGAGGGAGAUUUUGUUGUGAAUGACGUUAUUGCGCUGCUUCCACAGAUGAAAAACAAUAGCUUGGUAAGUGAGUCUACGAAGAAUUACGAGAGGAGAGGAGUGUGGCCCUCCCUCUAUUCCACGACAGUAAUUACGAGGUUAUGAAAAACAAUAGCUUGCGAAAGACAAUGCCCCAUGAUUUUUAAAAUCUCCUUCUUUCGUUUAUGGAUUUGUCUGAUCUUUCCUUUGAUUACUGUAAAAAGUGUUAUGGAGUUCUUCCUGAUUAGUGUUCUAGAUUUUUUUUCUCAGUUUUGGAGUCUAUUUAUGGUUUUUUCAUCUAAGUGUAUCCGUGAAAUGCAUGCCAUACACUGUUUGUUUUGGACUGAGGUUUUGUUAACUAAACCCAUAUAUGU